AACGUGGAGCGGCCGCAGACCGGGGUCGUCUGAAAUUGGUGUGUUAGCCAAGACUUUCAUUGACCAAGGGAAGCUCAUCCCAGAUGAUGUCAUGACUCGGCUGGCCCUUCAUGAGCUGAAAACUCUUACCCAGUAUAGCUGGCUGCUGGAUGGUUUUCCAAGGACACUUCCCCAGGCAGAAGCCCUGGAUAAAACUUACCGGAUAGACAUGGUGAUUAACCUGGAUGUGCCCUUUGAGAUCAUUAAGCAGCGCCUCACUGCUCGCUGGAUUCAUCCAGCCAGUGGCCGAGUCUACAACAUCGAAUUCAACCCUCCCAAAACUGUGGGCAUUGAUGAUCUGACUGGAGAGCCUCUCAUUCAGCGCGAGGAUGACAGACCAGAGACAGUUAUCAAGAGACUACAGGCUUAUGAAGCCCAAACGAAGCCAGUCCUGGAAUAUUACCAGAAAAAAGGGGUAUUGGAAACAUUCUCGGGAACAGAAACCAACAAGAUCUGGCCCUAUGUAUAUGCUUUCCUACAAACAAAAGUUCCACAAACAAACCAGAAAGCCUCAGUUACUCCAUGAGGAAAAAUGUGUGUAACUAGUAAGAUAAGCAAAACUUCCUCGUCCUUGCAUUUAGAAGUCCCUUUUCCUAAGACUCGACUGUGUAUGAAUUGUUUGAAAAUUAUAUUACUUUCAUUUCUACUGAUUUUUAUUCUGGAUACUAAGAAUGUGCCAAAUGAGUCAGAUACUAGGAUUCAUCUUUUGAAAUCACCUAGUGUGUUUUAUUCAGUUACCUCCUAUAGGUUUGCAAUUCAAAAAUAUCAGAGACAUCUAAACUUUUAAAAAAUGUUAGAACAAAAUGAAAAGAGCAAUUGAUAGUAAUCAUUUUGUUCAGUAAUAAGUGGUUGAUAAGAUUUCCAUAUUUUUCUGGAAAAGUUCAAAAAAUUACAUGUCAUUUGGGGAAAAUAUCUCAUCCAAAGCUUUUGCAUAGACUGAUGCCAAAAAAGACAUUUCUAGCACUGUGGGACAUGGUUUAGUGCGACACUGUAUCUAUAAAAUUCCAGAAAAAAAGCAACUGGAUUUACAGAUCUGUUGCCAGAUGCAAAUUUACUGCUGCCUUUACACUAAGAAACUUAUAAGCUAGCCACAUGGGGGGGUCUUCAAAAAGUUCAUAGAAAGAUUUGUAUUAUCUUUUAAUUCCAUUUUUCCAUGAACUUUUUGAAGUACCCUUAUAUAUACUGUAUUUAUUUAGUUGUUAAACAUACCUUCAGUCUAUUCAGAAUUU